AUGCCUCGAUCUUCCCGUUCCUCGGCCCGCCCCUCCGCCCCCUCCUCCUCCCACUCCUCCCAACAAUCCCGAGGCGCCCACACCGCCGCCUACCCCGCCCAACACGCCCCCGCUCCCGCCGCUCAGCACGCCGGUGUGCAGCAGCAGCGCCAGCCCGGCAUGCUCGCCCAGGCCGCGUCCACCAUGGGCGGUGCCAUGGCUGGUUCUGUCGUCGGGCACGGUAUCAGCAACAUGCUGUUCGGUGGGGGUGGCGGACAGCAGGCGGCUCCUGUUGAGCAGGCGCAGGCGCCUGUUAACCAGCAGCAGGCUGGUAUGAGCUGUGAUAUCCAGGCUAAGGACUUUACCAAGUGUCUCGAGGCUACCAACGGCGACAUGCAAUCUUGUGGCUACUACCUCGAAGCCCUCAAGGCUUGCCAGGCUGCUGCCCGACCUUACUAGACUUUCGUUCUAGGGCGCUAGGCUAGGAGGAGCUUGAGAAAGACGAACAUAAAAACAUAUAUCGGCAUAGGCUUCUUUGGUUUCUGGGCAUGAAUAUUGCAUUACUCCCC